UGGUUGUGCCCGAGAGGUGAGGUGAAAGUGUGAAACAAUUAUAUGUACGGAGCACUUGACGACACAUUACACGAGUUAGGGUUUCACUUCUUCACACCUCUACUGCGCCACACCGUGAGUCGGUCACCAAAGUCGCCGGCUUAGAAGUCUGCCACUGUCUCUCAUUCGUCUGAAAAGAUGCCGGUGAUCGGCUUGACAUGGGAGCCCAAGCUCCCGUCUUUUGGUUCCGCCUCUUCUUCUUCAAGCAAGUCCCAUGUCACUACUGAAAGUAGCGCGCUAUAUAAACCCACCUCGGAACUCAUUGAUGGCUUAUACGUUCCACCCAAUAAUCCUACGGUACUCAACAAAUUACUUCGCAAACAACUCAAAGACACCACUGGCUCAAAUUGGUUUGAUAUGGCUGCCCCAGUUGUCACGCCUGAGUUAAAAUAUGAUCUCCAGCUCUUGAAGUUGAGGAGUGUCAUUGAUCCGAAAAGACAUUAUAAGAAGAAUGAUACUAAAUCAAAGACAUUGCCCAAAUAUUUUCAGGUGGGUACUGUAGUGGAGUCAUCAUUAGAUUUCUUCUCUGCUAGGCUCACUAAAAAGGAGAGGAAGAGAAGCAUUGCAGAUGAGCUGCUUUCUGAUGGUUCCCUUGCACAAUACCGGAAACGUAAGGUUAGAGAGAUCGAAGAUCACCAGCGACCUGCUGGAAAUGAUAAAUGGAAGAUAAAGGGAAAAUUCACUCAAAAGCGAGCCAAAGAAAAGAGGCAUUUGCCAGAACAAAGGCCUGGAAACAACAAAAAGCGCUUCAAAGGUAUUUAAGUGUCUACAUUGAGACAGAACACUUGGUCCAAGUUCCUCACAACUCGGUUAAUUGAUUCUCUUGCUGAGCUGCGUAACCUUUUGGGGCAGCGAUGGGGCAGAAACUGCGCUUGGUAGGGUAGUCAUUAAAGUCAUAGGACGUCUGUAAGAGUAAAAACUUCAGAAGGAUGGCUUUGCCAAAGUUAAUCAUCAUAUUUUGCUGAUUGCUCAAUACCUGCUAAUGAACCACUUCGGAAGUUUUAUGUAAUGUCUGAUGCCCUAAUUGUGGUUCAAAUAUUGUGAGUGAUGGUAUUCUUUUGUUAUCUAUAUGUUGUUUACUAUAA